AUGCCAUAUGUUUUCGACUGUUUAAAGUACAUGGACGAGGGUGAAAAGGAAUAUUAUUACAUGCCACCACCAGGAGAGCGAGCGAGCGAGCAACCACCCAAGAUGGCAGAGUAUCUGGAUUCCGAUGGUCAGGGCAAUUCUUUGGCACAAUAUCCUUCGCAAAAAUCUUACUCGAAAUCAUCCUCUGGUCAAUGCAAUGGUCCAAUUGUACCAUACCAUACCUACUGGACCGGUCCUGCGACUUGGAGAGUAGAGCUUUUCAUAAAGAGUUAUUUUUAUACGCAGAAUCUUCCUUGUUCAAGAUUAUUCUUAUGGUUGGAUGGAGAUAGGGAUCCAGAUGCAAUCGAAAAGUUUAUGACCCGCGAUCCAUUGUUCAAGAGAUUUAUACCAUUCGUUGAAAGAGGAGACAUAACUUUGAAAUUGUGGAAUUUCCCUUCAAGAAUACCAUUACCACCUGGAGAUAACACGGAUGGACGUGGAUACUACAAAACUCCAGGAAAGCCUAAUGCGAAAAACGAGGUUCUGGUAGCAGAUGGACUUAUCCGGGAUGCCAAUAACCAAGAAUGGUUGAUUUUAACAGAAAGGCAGAUGACGUUCUUGCCCGUUGCUGUUUCAGAUGCCAUGAGAUUCGUUGUCUUGCACUUAUAUGGAGGAUCUUAUUAUGAUAUGGACGUUGUCAUGCUAAGGGAUAUGAGACCACUACUUAUUGGAGAUGAACAUUCAUUCGCAGAACGUUGGGGAGGUCAUUCCAGCCCUGGUGAUUAUAAUACGGCGGUGAUGUCUUUGACUGCCAAUUCGUCUCUUUCCUCGUAUCUUUUGCGUGGUGGCGUAAGGAUGGGGCUCAACUUCCAUCCUCGAAUCAUUGGCGUUAUGGCUGUGAAGGAUGGUCGAAACCAAGAAUUCAAUAUGUUGGAGACUGCCGCUUUUGAUCCGAUCUGGACUGAAUUCAACUGGGACAGAUUAGGAAGAUGUACCAUACCAUGCAUCAAGGAUUAUGGACAAGUAUUCAAGGGAAAGAAUGCCUUUCCAAAUCAUGACGAAUGGGAAAGUUACGAUGGACCUCAAUUAAAGCUUGCCUCGAAGACCACAUCAAAACAUUUCUGGGAAAUGAGAUCUGUUGGGGAAGUAGAAGUUGAGAAGCGUGUCGUUACGGUGGAACGAGCAUCAACUGGAAUGGGGGUUGAAAUGUUGACCAUCGACCGAGCAGCAUUGAGCAAAGCCGAGUACAAAUUUGAAGAGGAUAAUUAUCCACCUACAAAUCGAACUUUAGAGAAUUUCUUCCGAGGCGCUUGGACAUAUCAUAUCCACAAUCAGUGGUACAAAAAUCCCGAACCAUCAUCAUGGCUUAACGUUAUUCAAAGAGCACAAGAUGGUUUCUUCUCUGGAUCACGUACGAAUCCAUAUGGCGAAAAGUGGCAAGGUCUUGAAUUACCUCCAUACGAAAUAUCUUGGGAAUACACAUAA